AUGACCCACGACAUGACAACUCUCGAAGAUGAAGCUGGGCAAGUCGUCGAUGGCGAGGGUUUCAGUUCGCCUCUGCCUCCAACAAGUACGGAAGUUGCCAGUCCUUGGGCCAUUGAGGAUAUCCCAUCGGGCGGACUGAGGCCUAUCGAUUUUUGCGAGACUUUAUCAUCUCAGUGGAAACUACGCGUGUUCAACGUCAAAACUACCCUGCGGUGGCGAGUGGACGGCAAUACCAGGAUCCACUGGAUUGCAUGGAUGGCAAGGUCAGACUUGGUUUCGGAAGAGGAAACCAUAGACAAGUUGACAGCAGGUCUCCCCACUGGCGAUAGAAAGUUGAUAUGGCCGGUGGGCAACGAUGCCAGUGGGGUCACUCUCGAGGUUACGACGUGGGCAUCACAGAGGACGUAUUCCACUCCCCACCGGUACCAACCCCAGCCUGGUGACUACAUGAGACUCAAAAUAGCUUGGACAAACCAAGACACGCAGGAGAGGGGGAACUCAACGACGGGGCUAUUUACCGUCGCCGAGGGGACCGGCGCCGAUUCGACCCGUGGCAAGUGGAGUGACGACAUCUUCAAUCACUUCAACUCCUCCCAGAAAGUUGGCGGUAUCGACCCCUCUUGGGAAUACCACUUGUCGACCUCGAGCUCCCAUGAUACCCAAAGUGCCCAUACCACUGCCGCUUUUCCGCCAAUACAGGCUUCCAGCCCGUCAAGCGGCGGCCUUGCACCAAGUCAAUCUGGACUGUCAACCGGGGCCAUUGCUGGCCUAACUGUUGGCUGCGGGAUCGCGUUGGUUCUCAUAAUCAUUGGUCUAGUGUGGUUCCCGGUGGUCCGGAGACGACGCCAAAAGCAACAGUCCUACGAUGCCCAAGACAAGGCCAGCGCUUGCGUGGAGGAUAAAAGCGCGCCAGUUGCCCAGCACGAUGACUCUGGACGCUCACCCUCCUCCGAGGACAAUACCCGGUCCAGCCAAGCUGUCAAUCCUGUGGCCGCCCUUCUGGCCAGUUCUCGUUCUGAACUCGGCCCGGCCCAUCCCCGCUUGCAUGACGCCCAAGAAGAACCUUCUCGGCACGCGUCCCGUGCUGUCAACUACGCAGAACAGGGCAUGUCGGACGAGGAGAGGCGGCGCUGGGAAGAAGAAGAGAGGCAGCUGGACGACGAGAUUGCCCGAGCCAGAGGAUGCUGA